AUGCGGGCUAAUGAUUCAUCUGCUACCGUGUCUGGAGUCAGUGCAUCGACAAAAUACACAACUCCAAAUAGGUUGUUAGUAGCCAGUAAUGAAAACGUGUCAAAGAUAAACGAACGUAUGAAAAUACUGGAGACUACUGGAGGUUUGGAACUGUGUACAUCUUGGCCGUCGAACAAUUUUCGACCGAUGACUAAAAUGAUUGGCAUAGAGCAUCAUCCAAUUGUGGAAGAUUGCUACUCAAAGAUGACCCAACCGACUCGCAAAGCUCUUAUUAAACAGGUACUUGUGGUGCACAACAGUUUUACGACUAAUUAUAGAGACCAUACCAACAGUAUCAUAACUUAUAAGGUGUCUAAUACGUACGAAAUUAUGGUAAUAUCAUUAUGA